AUUGGCUGGUUGAAGACGGCCGCUUUGCCGAACAUCAUGUUCAUGGCGGUCACGUGGGUAAUGUCCCAAGAUUCGAUUGGUUGAUUGAAGAUGCUGUCGAAGAACAUGUGCUUCAUGUUAUAAACAUUCGACGUAUCCCACGAGUUGAUUGGCUGAUUGAAUGCGUAUGCAGAGUUGAACAAUCUUUCCAUGUAGUUAACGUUUGUCACAACCCACUUUCCAACGGGCUGGUUGAACGAAACCGCUCUGCUGAACAGCCCGAACAUGUUUUGUACUCCCGAAGUAUCCCAAGAUUCGACUGGUUGAUUGAAUUUGCGUGCCGCGAAAAACAUGUAGUUCAUGUAUUUCACUUUGGACGUGUCCCAAGCGCCGAUUGGUUGGUUGAACUUGAUGGCCUUGUGGAACAUGCUCUGCAUGCUCGUCACCUUCGAUGUAUCCCAGCAAUGCAAAGGAGAAUCGAAUUUCUGCAUAAGGUAGAACGCGCGAUCCAUGUUGCUAACCUUCGAUGUGUCCCAGCAAUUGAUCGGAAGAGGAUGGGGGCAGCUGGACCCCUCGACGCAUUCCUUGACGAGGUUCUGGAAAGCGUCGCCCGAAACACCAAUCUCGGGACGAUCGGACGGACAGGCGGUAGCGCAGUCGACUUCGCCCUCGAGUGCGCGGACCAGCUCCUGGCGCCCGUUGUGACGAUCGCUAUCGUCGGCGAGGUUCCAUAGCUGUGGGCGUUCAUUGGCGAAUCGAAAGGGGUUUUCUGAAGGGUCCACGUCGCCACUAACGGCGCCGACGAUUGGAAUGGCUGCCAAAAAGAGGAGCAAAGGGCGCAUUAUUGUACCCAUACAGCCGAGAACACGUGGCUGCGAUGAUAAUCUGUUGUGGUUGGAAAAGAACAAAGCAAAACGGCAGCAAAGCCGUGAGCUUUUAAUGGCAGGCAAUGGAACGGCAACGGUCAGGAGUUUUCGUAUCGCCAAAUUGGAACCGGUUGGGCCGCAAACCAACCGGGGCAUUGCGGUAUCGAUGGGGCUACGGUGUUGCGCCGGGCUCGCGUUUGGGUGGCGGGAUUGCGAAUGCGACGGAGAGGAAGAUCGCUUCGGAGACACACGCCGAACGACACCACCGGGUCUCUCUUUCGUCUCGGGUUUGCCUUCCGUUUCCCCGCGAGAUGAGGUCCACCGGCGGUCACAAACAACAUGCAUCAAAUAAAAUCAAACCAAACCAAAUCAAUCAACUCAUCCCACAUUCCUAGAUUCCACUUACACCUUGAGGAAAAUGAACUACCGCCAAGUUUCCGUCCGUCCUACUCGAACGGGAGGUAUAGUUGCAAAUUGAACUUCCUUGAGCGAAGAUUUUUUUGUAGGAAUCACGUGUCGAUAUUGUCGCUCUUGUUCACUUCGCUCCCAAAAAUGUCCUGUUUUCCAUCGUCUUCAUAGGGUAUUAUAAAGAACCUAAAAGAAGAACCUCGUAGGGGGUGAAGAAGCCCAAGAUGAAAGGAAUCAUAGUGUAAUUGGAAUGAAACAUUAAGUGUUGUCAAAAUGUCAACACGAAAUGUGUAAUUGGAAUUAAAAAAAAAUCAAUCAAACAAGCUGUUCUCACCGUACGAGAACCAGCACAGUCCGGCACGAAACGUCAUCAUACGUUACUACCGUACGAGUGGGUACUGGGUAAUGUCAUAUCGACGAGAGAAACCUGCUUUGGCGGAUGGAUGAACCAGCCACGUGGCCAAGGAAUAGCGUUAGGGGGGGGGGGGGCACGGAAUGUGAAAUUGUGUUUUGAGGGUGUGCGGUUGCGGUUUCAUCCAUUCGCAACGCAACGCAACGUGGCCUGCGCGAACCGGGAGCUGGCCCCGGCCUCCCGGAUGGAGGCCCUCGGUGGGGGCACCGUGAGAGGCUACAGAGCUGUGGGGACAGAAAAGAAGCUGGGAAGGAAGAUGUCUGCAAGGGACAUUCCAAAAGAGUGCAUUGUUGUUGCAUUUGCAAUCUGAUGCUUUGACUGCUGCAGUCACUACCCUUUCAUAACUCACCACCAACUAACAUAAGAGCCAACGAGGCUAACAAACAGAGCUGAGUGGAGGAAUCCAAGCCAGCAUCUAGCUAUUGAAGAUGUUUUCAGAUGUUGAUUGCCCGUGUUGUGUUCAGGCUGGGCUUCUAAGAGAAGGGAAUAAGGCACAAGCACUGUUUGUGCCAAAAAGGAACUGAGCUUGUUCUUACAGGCCCCUUUCCUUCCCAUGGAGGCCCUUUAGACAUUCCAAGUCUUCCAAUUCUAUGGAGUGUAUCAGUGCAAUUUAGGGGAUGGAAUCAAAGAAGACAGCUCCAUAAACUUAACCAAUGCACUACUAUCACUAGGUAAAGGUAAAGGAUUGUAUGCCCAGCACUUGCUGCAAAGGACACCAGUACUGGAAAUCUGAAAUCUGCUGAUUGCUUUUUUUCUCAUUACUGGGAAUCAACUACAGUAGUAAUUUAUUAAAAAUAAGCGAGAUAU